AUGCCAAAAGGAGGGAAAGGGGAGGCGGCCAAAUGCUGGCCGGUAGAGGGUGGUCCGGCGGCUGCUGUUGGUCGGCCGGAAGGGCUGCAGGCCGGCGGCCUGGGGCAAGCCAGGAAGGGCGGGCGGCACUGGUUCAAUGAAGAUCAAUUUGGACUUGUAGGGGUGUGCGACUUCAUUGCUUUUCUUGGAUACAAGAUUAUUGGUUCACAUAGUGGCGUUAAAAUUUGUAGAUGGACAAAGGCACAACUCCGAGGACGUGGCGGCUGCUACAAGCACUCAUUUUAUGGGAUUGAGAGUCAUAGGUGCAUGGAAGCAACCCCAAGCUUAGCAUGCGCAAAUAAGUGUGUUUUUUGUUGGAGGCAUCAUACUAAUCCUGUGGGAAAAGAAUGGCGGUGGAAGAUGGAUGAUCCUCUUGUUAUUGUGGAUACUGCCAUCGACCAACAUACUAAAAUGAUAAAGCAAAUGAAGGGUGUCCCAGGGGUGAAGGAACAGCAGUUUCUUGAAGGUCUAUCUCCCCGACACUGUGCUUUGUCUCUUGUUGGUGAACCAAUCAUGUAUCCGGAGAUAAAUAGACUAAUCGAGGAACUGCACCGCAGGCACAUUUCUACUUUUCUUGUUACAAAUGCCCAAUUUCCAGACAGAAUAAAGAUGUUAAAACCUGUUACCCAGUUAUAUGUGAGUGUUGAUGCUGCAACAAAGGAGAGCUUGAAGGCAGUUGAUAGACCACUUUUUGGAGACUUUUGGGAGCGCUUUGUUGAUUCUCUGAAAGCUUUGCAUGACAAACAACAGAGGACUGUUUACCGUCUAACUCUUGUUAAAGGAUGGAAUGCGGAAGAAGUAGACGCAUAUGCUAACUUGCUAGGCCUUGGAGAACCAGAUUUCAUUGAGAUCAAGGGUGUCACGUACUGUGGCUCAACUGCCACAUCAAAGUUGACAAUGGAGAAUGUCCCCUGGCAUUCUGAUGUUAAAGAGUUCUCUGAAACU